AGCUAGAUCUGACCCAGAGGACCUUAUACUGGGAUGUGAUGCUGGAGACCUGUGGGCUUCUGGUUUCUCUGGACUGUCCUCUGUUUAAAUCAGAGCUGAUCUGCUAGUUGGAGCACAGCCAGGAGUCACAGAGAAGAGGGACCUUUCCCAAGGCUCCUGUCCAGGGUCCCCUGGCAAUGGCAGAAAUGAACCCUGCACAGGGUCGUGUGGUCUUUGAGGACGUGGCCAUAUAUUUCUCCCAGGAAGAGUGGGGGCACCUUGAUGAGGCUCAGAGAUUCCUGUACUGUGAGGUGAUGCUGGAGAAUUUGACACUUUUGUCCUCACUAGGUUGUUGGUAUGGAGCCGAGGCUGAGAAGGCAGCUCCUGAGCAAGGUGUUUCUGUAGGAGCACCACAGGUCAGGACUCCAAAGCCAGGUUCAUCCACCCAGAAUGCCCAGCCUAGUGAGACAUGUGACCCACUCUUGAAAGAUAUUCUGCACCUGGCUGAACAAAAUAGAACACAAACUGAACAAAAGAUACAUAUUUGUGAGUCAGAGCCUUACGAGCCCCAAAAGCAGAUUGAAAAGAAUCUUUCCAGAAGGGACAAUUGGAAACUUUCAUUUUUGAAGAACCACGGAGUUCACAUGGCAGAGAGGGCCCUCACGUGCAGGGAAGAGUGGAAAGAAUUGCCAGCCACCUCACGCCUUCUCCAGCACCAAGUCUCUCACUGUGGGUGGAAGCCAGACAGGGAAACUGAGGGCAAGGAAGCCCUUCAGAGUGGACACAGUGAUUAYGUAUGCAGUCAAUGUGGGAAAGCCUUCAGAUGCAAACAUUCAAUGCUUGAGCACCACAAAAGCCACAGAGGAGAAAGGCCUUAUGAGUGCAGCAAAUGUGGGAAAUUCUUUAGGUACAAUGCCAACUUUGUGAAACAUCAGAGGAUUCACAGUGGAGAAAGGACUUACGAAUGUAGAGAGUGUGGAAAAUCCUUUAUGUACAACUAUAGACUCAUGAGACAUAAGAGGGUUCACACUGGAGAAAGGCCUUAUGAGUGUGACAUUUGUGGGAAAUUCUUUAGGUACAGUUCCACAUUUUUUAGACAUCAAAGAGUUCACACUGGAGAAAGGCCUUAUGAAUGCAGUGAAUGUGGGAAAUUCUUUAUGGACAGCUCCACACUCAUUAAACACCAGAGAGUUCACACUGGGGAAAGGCCUUACAAGUGCAGUGAAUGUGGGAAAUUCUUUAGGUACAACUCCACACUCAUUAGACAUCAGAGACUUCACACUGGAGAAAGGCCUUAUGAGUGUAGCAUAUGUGGGGAAUUCUUCAGGUACAACUCUAACCUCAUUAAACAUUGGAGAAAUCACACUGGAGAAAGGCCUUAUAAGUGCAGUGAAUGUGGGAAAUCCUUUAGGUACCACUGCAGACUCAUUAGACACCAGAGAGUUCACACUGGAGAAAGGCCUUACGAGUGCAGUCAAUGUGGAAAAUUCUUUAGGUACAACUCCAACCUCAUUAAACAUUGGAGAAAUCAUACUGGAGAAAGGCCUUACGAAUGCAGUGAAUGUGGGAAAGCCUUUAGCCACAAACAUAUACUUGUUGAGCACCAGAAAAUCCACACUGGAGAAAGACCUUAUGAAUGCAAUGAGUGCCGGAAGGCCUUCAUUAGGAAAUCCCAUCUGGUUCACCACCAGAAAAUCCACAGGGAAGAGAGGCUUGUCUGUCCUGUAGGUGUGGGGCUUUCUUUAAGUACAGCUCCAGCUUUAUUAAACAUUAGAAAUUUCACAAUGAAGAAAAUUUACCAUUGACCAUUUUAAAUUUUAAAUUGACAGUUAAUGUUAUGUAAAUUCAUAUUUCAAAUGCAGUUGAUCUCAGAAACCUUUCUAUCUUGCAGAAGUGAUACCCUAUUCUCUUUCCUAAGUGCCCCUGACUAGUACUCUUCUAUACACUGUUCUAUGGAUUUGUUACCUAUUAGCGUCUUAUAUAAGUAGAGUCAUACAACAUUCAUCUUUUUGUGAAACACUUAUUUCACUUAGGAUAAUGUUCUUAAGGUUCACCCAUUUGUAGCAUGUGUCAGAAAUCCUCACCCCACUGACUUUUUUCCCCAGUGAAUUAAUAUUCCAUUGUAUGUACAUAACACAUUUCUUUAUCUAUUCAUUGGUUAAUGGACAUUGGGUUUCUUUUACUUUUUGACUACUAGGGAAAGUGCUGUUAUGAACAUAAACAUACACACAUAGCUUUUUGAAACUCCAGUUCUGUUUGGGUAUUAGGGUAUAUGCCCAGAAGGGGAAAUUUUGGGUCAUAAAAUAUUUUUAGGGACUGUUUUUCAUACUACCUGCACCAGUUAUGUUUUCACAACAGUGCUCAAGGGUUUCAUUUUCUAUAUCCUUGCCAAUAUGCCAAUAUUUCAGUUCAUUCUCUCUCUCUCUCUCUCUCUCUCUCUCUCUCUCUCUCUCUCUCUCUCUCUGAGAGGGAAUUGUUUUUUGUUUUGUUUUGUUUUGUUUUUUAGCAGCUAUCUUGGGUGUGAGGUGGAACCCUGCAUUUUCUACUUUUAUACUGCUAACCAUUAGUGACACAUCUUUUCCUGUGCUUCUUCAAAUUUGUAUAUCUGAAGAAAUAUCUUUUCAAGUCAUUUUCCCAUUUUUUAAUGGGGCUAUUUGAUUUUUUUUUGUAGAU